AUGGAGAUCCGCUCUGCGAUCAUGACGACAUGGACACCCAUGUUCGAUGUUAAUUCAUCAGGCCCAUUGCUCCAAACUCUUGGCAACGGUCUGGACCUACCCAUAUCGGGCGCCUGUCCAGGCGGUAUUGGAGUCUUCAAGCCCACAAAUAAUGAAUCGUUUUUGCAGUCAACGACACCGCAUGAGCCGCGACAUCCUAAACGGGUGCGGUCCGCUCCAGAGCAAGAUGUCCCCUGCCACUCCGCCCAAGACACAAAGCAGACACGGUAA